UUGUCUUCGCUUUCGCCACAUCGCGAUGAAAGAUUCAAGUACCUUGCUGAAGCGUUACGACAAAGCGAUUAUGACAUUAUUGGAUUGCAAGAGGUAUGGCUCAUCAAAAAUUAUGAAGCAUUAAAGGUUGCUCUCAAAGCUGUCUUCCCUCACUCUCAUUACUUUUAUAGUGGAAAAAUUGGAAGUGGCAAGUGUAUCUUUUCACGUUUUCCUAUUGUUGCAACCUCUUUUACCGCAUACACACUAAGUGGUUAUCCGUAUGCACUAAACCAUGGCGAUUGGCUUGGCAAAAAGGGCGUGGGAUUUUGUAAAAUUGAUGUCAAUGGCACCAUAUUAAAUGUCUAUGUAACACAUAUCCAUGCCGAAUAUAAUCGAGAUAAUGACGUUUACUUGCCUCAUCGGGUUACUGAAAUCGUACAAUUGAGCCAGUUAAUACGAUUUACUGCAGGUAAUAGCCCGGUAAUUUUAAUUGGUGAUUUAAAUUUUGAGCCUGAAGACAUUGGCUAUCGAUUUAUUACUACUUCGCUGGAUCUUAAAGAUGCAUGGCUCGAGGCUGGUGAUGGGGUAAUGUUGUAUACUAGAAAUAAUAUUGAUUAUUCCGACUCGUUAAACACAAAUUCCUUUACUCCCGCAAAUGAAAUUGAGAAGCGAAUCGAUUACAUUCUAUAUAGUGGUGACCAUUUGAAAAGUCAAGCUUGUCAAGUCACUCUAGGCAGAAUUCCAGAUGCAGCCUUUAACUAUUCUGACCACGAAGGUGUAGAAGCUACUUUUCAAUUAAAUGCUAGAAGAUUGAGACAACGUCAAGAUAUGGCUGGUAGGUUCUAUCAUAGUUAUGCUGUUGCAACAUGCCAAUGA